AUGGAGCAAUUUUCAAGUAACGCGCAAAUAACUCUCCAAAAAACUACAGAAAUCAAAAAUAAUUGGAGCAAAAACAACAAAUCAAUCCCCGAGUAUUACGAAUUAACCACCGUUGUUGAUUUUAUCGCAAAGAAUUCGUUUAAAACGGUUUGUUUACAAUUUCCCGAUUACAUGCUGGAAGAUUCGUACGAAAUCGCGCAAUAUCUUAACAAAAAUUUGCAAAAUGAUGUUUAUAUAAUGGCCGAUUCAUCCUAUGAAAGUUGUUGUGUCGAUUACAUCACAGCACAGCACAUAAAUGCAGAUGCAAUCAUUCAUUUUGGGCCAAGAUGCUCAAGCGAAUGGACAGAAACAAUUCCAUGUUUAUGCAUUUACGAAAAAGACGAUUUAAACCCAAAAGAACUCGCGGAAUUAAUCCAAGACGAUAACCGGAAUUUAUUAAAUUUUCAAUUAAAAGAGCGAAUUGAGCCUUUAUAUUAUUUUAAUCCAAAACGACCGGAAGAUAAAAUCAAAAAGUACGAGUUAAAUCGAAUGUUAUUGAAGAGGAGGUACUUUUUAGUGGAAAAAAUUAAAGAUUCUAAACGAAUCGGGAUCGUAAUCGCCACUUUGGUGAUAAAAAAUUUCUUAAAAGCCAUCGAUCGCGUUAAAAAAUUAUUAAAACUCCACAAAAAAAAGUGUUACGUCAUCAACGUAGGUAAACCAACGGUUGCAAAAUUAGCGAAUUUCCCUGAAAUGGAUGUUUACGUACUUGUGUGUUGCCCGUCGAGUAACAUUUUUGAAAGUCGCGAUUUCUACAAACCUAUCGUAACACUUUACGACGUCGAAUUGGCUUUAAAUUCGACGGAAAAACGAUUUUCUUACGAAAUAAAUUCCGAUUUUUUGGAUGAUGACUUCAAAACCACUGAUAUUAAUAACCCAGAUGUUAGUUUAAUCUCAGGGGAUGUUCGGUGGCGACAAAAUGAGGAAGAGGUAGAAAUUGGCGGUGAUAAAGAAGUUGUGGUUAAAGAUAAAGGGACUAUGAUGUUAGCAAAUAAUUCUGGGGGUGAAUUCUUGUCGGGGAGGAGUUUUAAAGGGUUAGAACAAAAAUUGGGGGAAACGGAAGUUAAAAUAGCAAAGGAAGGACGAAAAGGGAUAGCUCAAGGUUAUAAAAAUGAAAUGUUUUAA